AGCCUCUUGCUCACACUCCGUACCCUCAUCCACCAUCAGGGAGGGUAAGACAGGAAGGCUCCCUUGGCAUCAAGUCCAAAAGCAAUGGGGUAAUGGAGACCCUACACACAAGCAUCAUCACCAGUGAUUAAGUGAAUAUCCUGGGGGUCACUCACAGCUAUAGGGAUGAAAAGAACCAUUCAGCAGCUACAGUGUGGUGAAAGACAGCUCUUGUCUCCUAUUAUCAAGAAAUCAUACGCCACUAACAAGACACAACUCCCAGAAGCCAUCUGGAACUGCUCUUCGCUGUGUUGUGAGCUUAUUCAUAAGGACAAUUUCUAGCAGAAACUAUCCUAGGAAUAAAUUCUUCAGAAGGUUUUUUACUUCUGGAGUGUGUUUAAGUUACCAGGAUUUUUUUCCUUAAAGAGACACAGAGGAAAAAACAAAAAGCUCUUGGAAAUUAAAUGGAAGACAGAGGAUAAUCUUAAGUGGUGACAUCCCCUCCCCAAUUUCAUUUACUGUUUAAUUGUGAUACAUUCUACAACAUUUACCACUAACACAAACGUAACAAGAUAAAAAUUAGAACUACUAGGGCUUAUUUAAGUGCCCAUUGUCCAUGGAUUCUUGCCCUAAAGACUGUUAGUAAAACAUUCCUGUAAGCAAAUUUCUUCUCAAAAGAUCUCUGCUACAGCACAAGAUGGUGCCAUUGACAUAUCAUGAUCAACAGUUUGUGUGUUUAGAUAACUCCCAGCAACAAAAUACAAACAGCUCACUUGCAUAUCAAUAUACAAGUGAUGCACUAAGCCAAUUCAAUAGCCAACCUGUGACCAAAGAACAAUCUCAAAAUGCAGUCACAGUACCCUCAUCAAGCUUUAGCAAAAAGGCCCAGAGCUUCUCGACAUUACCAUCUCCAAACUCUAAAAUGACUCACAGCAGAGCUAUGAAAUCACCAUCAUUAUACUCCAAAAGUCCAGCAACACCUUCAAAAGACGCCUACUUGAAAAGUUCAUUUAAUUCCUCUUGGAAAAGCUUUGACUCAACUUUGUCUCACCAUAAACCUCAGACAACAUCUGUAUCUAGAUUUACCAAUACUUCAUCUUUGGAGCCUAGCCCAAUAUCUCUGAGAUCAAAAUUACCCCUCCCAAAGACUCAGACGUCAUCAAAUAUUGACCUUUGCUGGAAAUCACCUUUAUUGGAGUCUACUCAAAGAGUCUCAGCAUCAUCUUCAUCUUCUCUUCAUCAUCAAGAAACACCCUCCCUCAAUGUCAUCUGGACUUCACCUUCUUUGGAAUUGAGUCAAAGUGAACAUAACUCAACAGUACGUAAAUCUAAAUCACAGAAGGAUUCCUCAUUGGACUAUCUUUGGUCAUCUUUAUUGGAAUCCAAUCAAAAAGCUUUGACUUCACCACCACUCAACCACAAACCUCAAAGAAAUGACUCUCCUACAACUUCAUCUUCUCUGGAGGUCAAUAGAACAGCUCAGAAUUCACCAUCGCCUGACUGUAAACCUCUGAAGAUUCCUGUAUCAAACUCUAAUAACAAUGUUCUGAAUUUGCCAUUGUCCCAAGUAAAAUCAAGGAAAUCACCUUUAUUAUCACACCCUGUUCAUCCAUCUCAUAGUUUACCAGUGUGCCCACCAAAGCCUAAAAUAGUGCUCAGAUGUGAUUCUAGCACCCGGAGUCUCAGCUCACCUGUUUCUCACACCAGGGUCCACAGUACUACUUCACCCAAUGACAAAUACAAAGCCCGCCAAGUAUCCUCAGUUCAUCCUAAACCAAAUAUCUCAGGCCAAAGAUUAUCAAGUCCCAAGCCCAGCAUCAAGAACAAAAAUGCUUUAAUUCCAAGUUCCAAAUUCCAGAGUAAAGGUAGCUGUGAACAAAUUGUGAAGCCAGAACCGGAGAAUGAAAUCCCAUGGUCCUUAGAUUAUAGUCAUCCCUGCAUUAUUAAAGGUGGUACUGUCCCCGCUGAUGUUGUAAAUAAAAUUGUCAAUUCUAUCUCCAAGUCUACAAUCCAGAAGGACCUCUCUAGGCAAAUUCUCUUUCGAAGAAUGAGGGGAAGGCCAAAUCCUCAUCCUGGCCCCCGACUUUCAUCAAUGUAUACUGUUUGUUUAGACUGUGCUUCCUGCAUAAAAUCUCAGUGUAACCACCUUACAGGGAAGAAAGAUCCUCGAUGCGCAACACUCUUUGUCAUACCAACACCUGAGAGCAGCUCUGAUGGAAAAAUAGAUGUGAAAAUAGUUCUUAUCCUUUCUCUACCAGAGACUUCUUCUUCAUCCUGUUACCAACUUCCCAUGAAAGAUAAUCAACCUGAUGAUAAUCUAGAAGCCCUAGACGAGAAUCUUGAAGAACUAGAGAAGAUAACACAACUUUUCCCUGCAUCUGAAUCUGAUUUCAUCCAGGGGCUUAAGACAAACAAAAAGUGGUUGGCUGUAUCUUCUGAGGACAAAGAUGUAAGCCAAGAGCCCAAGGCAAUAGAUUGGUUGCUUUAUGUUAAAAACAGUAAUAACAUUCAGCCCCAAGCCCCAGUUCCAGCCCCAUCAUCAUCAUCAUCAUCAUCUUGCUCUUCCUUUUCCUCUUCAUCUUCCUCAUCUUCAUCUAGUGGCUAUCCCUCUCUACCCUCUUCACCCUCUCCACCCUCUCCUUGCAAAGACUCUACUCCACCUCAGCUCUCAAGUUAUGUCAUUGGCAAGGUAAGAAGUCACCACCGGUUACCUCCAGGGGUCUCCUGGCUUGAGUUCAUACGGGGUACAGGUUCUGAAACCACCAAAACAAGACAAUCGGCAUCACCCAAAACCAAGCGUGCGAGGACUCGCAACUCAAAAUCCAUAAAAAAGGGGAAAAGGGAACCAAACACGCUGCUCAGAUAUUUCCAAACAAAAUUCCAAAAUGAGAAAUCCUGAUUAAAUCAACUUUCUGUCUCUUUGA